UCCCCCCCCUCCCACUCUCUCUCUCUCUCUCUAAUUCUCUCUGUCUUCUGUGCUCUUUCUUUCUCUCUCAUCAAAGGCACCAAGAGCGACUUGCUCUUAAAAUUUUCAGGAGAAUUUCGUGCCUCUCAAAUUUCGCUGUAAUUUCGGCGUGAUUUUCUAAUAUAGAGGUUUUCAAUCAGGUGGCUUCUUCUGGGCCAUAUAUUCAAGAACCGAUAGAUGGGGCAUUAAUUUUGAAGAUAUUUGACAAGUUGAAACAUUUGGGCUGAAAAAAUUGAUGGUUUUGUUAAUCAAUUGGUCUCAAUUUGAUCACGUAUUGGAGAAUUCAGGGGAACUUUCUUGUUUUUCCAUGAUCUCAAAGAAUUAACAAGGAACUCAAGGGUGAUUGAUUUUUAUGGAAAAGUUUCAGGAAUUGAGAAAAAUCCAUAUGUUCUUUUAAAUUCAGGAGGAGCAUUAUAUGGAAGAUUCAUGUAAAGGAUGAAUUUCUUUAAAACUCAUGAGGAGAAUAUCAGUCAUGAUUCCGCAUUUUGUCUCUAGAAUAUCUGGCCUGUAAAUUGUUUGGGAGACUCUGAACCCAUUGCCUGAACGAUGGGGUGUGCUGGCUCAAAGGUUGUUCGUCGAAGGGCUAGAGCGAACCCCAGCUCUCCAUUGACGAGAAGCUUUUCGAUGCCUGUACACCACCCUGCUCGGGAAAAAGGCCAUAGCCGCCAUGUUGUGGCCUUAACCUCGACCACCUAUGGAACCCUGAAAAUGGACAUGUCCCCUGUUAAAGAGCCCUUCUCUGAAGAAGAAGAUGAUGGAGAACCAGAGGAGAAGGUCUCCUUCAAGCCGAAGAAAGCAUGCCUCGACCCUUUGCUUGAGGCGUCGGCUAAGAUAUUGUUUGAUUUCUCUAGCCCUAAGAAACCAGUUGAUGAAGAACCAGAGACCAUCAAUACAUGGGAGCUCAUGGCUGGGCUUGAGGACACGAGCCCACUUCACCCAAACCCAGUUCUCGACCGGUCCUUCUCAUUCCACACCACUAGAGACCUGGGUCAGGUCUUCCCUGACCCUUUGUACCCUGCAUUCAAAGCCACUAAGCCCAUGGACAUCAAAGCCAUUGAACCCACUAAGCCCAUUGUGUCCAUACCCAUGGAACCCACUGCUCCCCUUGUUUCUGAACCCACCGACCCAAUGGAUCCUAAAGCCAUUGGACCCACAAAAACAGAGCCCACUAAGUCCGUCGAGCCUAAAUCCACAGACCCCACUGAACCUAUUCUAUUUCAGCCUAAAUCGAUGGAACCCAUCGAACCACAGUUCGAGCCAAUUGAGCCCAGCCCCAAAGGCUCAAUAGGCUUAGACAGCAAAGAAGAAGAGGCAAUGAGUUGCAUUAAACCAUUGUGGAUGCAACCACAAGGUGAAUCAAUCCUAUCGGAUUUUGACCCAGAAGUGAUGUCCACUUUUAGGAAAGCUCUGGAAGAGCUCUCACCCAAGAGCUCUGAUCGAGCCCAUGGCUCAUGGACUACUGCUCAAGACCGGCUUAAUGGGCCCAAGCCUAAAGGUGGCAUUGUUCAAUCAAGGGUCAGCACCUUUCAAGACCAAAUCGACUCAAGGUUAGCCCGAAAGGCCAAAGAUAUUGGCAAAAUUGAGCUAAAUUCCAACCAAAAUUCGCUGGAUUCAGGCAAAAAUGCCUCAGACACUGUUCAAAGUGUGGAGUUGGAAGGGUCGUGUAUGGAAGAGGAGGGGGUGGUUGUGUAUUAUACGAGCCUCCGUGGGAUUAGGAAGACAUUUGAGGAUUGUUGCAAUGUGCGGCUGAUACUACAAGGUUUUCGAGUGGUGAUGGACGAACGCGACGUCUCGAUGCACAGCAGGUUCAAAGAGGAGCUCAAGGCGAGGUUGGGCGGUGUACCGAAGGGAGGCGGUGCAUCAUUGAACCUGCCAUUGGUUUUUGUCAGGGGGAGGUGCAUAGGUGGAGCUGAGGAAAUAAAGAGAAUCCAUGAGAAUGGGGGAUUAGGGCGUAUCCUCGAGGGGUUGCCUACUGUUAGAGAGGGGGGUUGCGUAUCAUGUGAGGGUUGUGGAGGAGUGAAGUUUGUUCCGUGUGGAGAGUGUUAUGGGAGUAGGAAGGUGAUUUUUGAGGAUGGAGCCUUGCAAAGAUGCCCUCGUUGCAAUGAAAAUGGAAUUGUUAGGUGCCCUCUUUGCUGUUAAUCUCUACUAACGUACCUAUAUUUUGGUUCUUCUUUUUCCUUUUUUUUUUUUUCCUUUUUAUUACAAGGUUUUUGGGGUAGUUUUUUUGGGAUGGAGUUCUUGUUUUUGUUGUGGUGGUAGUUAGUGUACAGGGAAGUGUCUCUUUUUUUUUGGCAGUUUUUUGGGUUUUUGUUUAAGAAUUUGAGGGUAGGGAAAAAUGGUUUCAAUUAUUUUGAAGGAUGUGGGGUUAUAAUUUGUAGUUUUCUUUCACAAGAGGAAAUUAUGUAAUAGAAUGAAGGAUCGAAUAACAGAUCAAAUAUAUACACAAAA